GGGCUGGAGUCGCGCGCGGAGCUCCGCGCGCACUGGGCUCACACCAGAGCAGACCCAGGCACUCAGGUCUCCGCUGCCCCUAGGGCGCGGGCAGGAAGCCGGACCCUCUGCACCUGCAGAGACCUCGGGCUCGGCGGAUCCGGCACGGGCACCUGUGGCUGCGCCCUAUGUUCCCCGGGCCCCCAGCCGGGCCAUGGUGCGCGUGGAGUCGGCGGCUCCGAGGGCUCGCCGCGGCCGCGUGUGAGCUGGGGACCCGAGGAGGGACCAGGCGCGGGGCCGCCGGCAAGAUGCCUGUCCUUCCGGAGGCGCGGGCCGCGGGACGAGCGAUGGCCCUGGCCCUGGUGCUGCUGCUGCCCGCCGUGCCAGCGGGCGCCGGCGCCCUGCUCCGCCUCCAGCCCAGCAUGCCCCACGUGUGUGCUGAGCAGGAGCUGACCCUGGUGGGCCGCCGACAGCCGUGUGUACGGGCCUUCAGCCAAGUGGUGCCUGUGUGGAAGCCAGGCUGUGGGUGGCAGGCAUGGUGUGUCAGCCACGAGCGGAGAACUGUCUACUACACGGGCUACAGGCAGGUGUACGCCAUGGAGACCCAGACUGUGCUGAGGUGCUGCCCGGGGUGGAGCCAGCAGCCCGGCCACCAGGGCUGCCUCUCCGACGUGAAUGAGUGUGCCGCUGGCAACGGGGGCUGCGAGGGUGUGUGCUGCAACACCGUCGGGGGCUUCUACUGCCGCUGCCCCCCCGGCCGCCAGCUGCGGGGAGACGGCAAGACCUGCGGAGAUGUGGAUGAGUGCCUAAUGCACAACGGCGGCUGCCAUCACAGGUGUGUGAACACGCCGGGCUCCUACCUCUGCGAGUGCAAAUUCGGUUUCCGGCUCCACGCGGACGGCAGGACCUGCCUGGCCAUCAACUCCUGUGCCGUGGGCAACGGUGGCUGCCAGCACGACUGUGUCCAGCUCACGGUGACCCAGCACCGCUGCCAGUGCCGGCCUGAGUUCCAGCUCCAGGAGGAUGGCAAGCGCUGUGUCCGGAGGAACCCGUGUGCAGACCGGAAUGGCGGCUGCAUGCACACAUGCCAGGCUCUCCGGGGUCUUGCCCACUGUGAGUGCCACGUGGGCUAUCGGCUGGCUGCAGACCGCAAGGCCUGCGAAGAUGUGGACGAAUGUGCCACGGGGCUGGCCCAGUGUGCCCACAGCUGCCUCAACACUCACGGGUCCUUUAAGUGUGUGUGCUUCACAGGCUUCGAGCUGGGGGCCGAUGGCCGGCAGUGCUACAGGAUUGAGAUGGAGAUUGUGAACAGCUGCGAGGCGAACAAUGGCGGCUGCUCCCACGGCUGCAGUCACAGCAGCGGGGGGCCGUUGUGCACCUGCCCCGGGGGCUACGAGCUGGACGAGGACCAGAAGACGUGUGUGGACAUUGACGACUGUGCCGACUCACCAUGCUGCCAGCAGGUCUGCACCAACAGCCCUGGCGGGUACGAGUGCAGCUGCUAUGCUGGCUACCAGCUCAGCUCUGAUGGCUGCGGGUGUGAGGACGUGGACGAGUGCGCGUCCAGCCAAGGCGGCUGUGAGCACCACUGCACCAACCUGGCCGGCUCCUUCCAGUGCUCCUGUGAGGCCGGCUUCCGGCUGGAUGAAGACCGCAGGGGCUGUACCCCCCUGGAGGUGGCCGAGGUGGACCUGGACGGCCAGCUGCCCUUCGUGCGGCCCCUCCCACAUGUCUCGGUGCUGCGGGACCAGGUGCCCCACCUCUUCCAGGACGACUACAUGGGCGCCGAGGAGGAAGAGGCAGAGGCCCGGGGCGAACACAUGCUGGCGGAGAAGUUUGUCUGCCUGGAUGACUCCUUCGGCCCAGACUGCAGCCUGACCUGUGCUGACUGCAGGAAUGGAGGGGCCUGUCUCCCGGGCCUGGACGGCUGCGACUGCCCUGCGGGCUGGACCGGGCUUGUCUGCAACGAGACUUGUCCUCCAGACACCUUUGGGAAGAACUGCAGCUCUUCCUGCAGCUGUCAGAACGGUGGGACCUGCGACCCUGUGACAGGGGCCUGCCGCUGCCCUCCAGGUGUCAGUGGAGCUCACUGUGAGGAUGGCUGCCCCAAGGGUUUCUAUGGCAAAUAUUGCCACAAGAAGUGUAACUGUGACAACCAGGGCCGCUGCCACCGCCUCUAUGGAGCCUGCUUCUGUGACCCAGGGCUCUACGGCCGCUUAUGCCACCUGGCCUGCCCGCCGUGGGCCUUUGGGCCAGGCUGCUCUGAAGAAUGCAGGUGCGAGCAGCGGAACACGUGGGCGUGUGACAGGAGGGAUGGCAGCUGUUCCUGCAAGGCGGGCUUCAGGGGCGAACGGUGCCAGGACGAGUGUGAGCCUGGCUUUUUCGGGCCGGGGUGUCGGCAGGCAUGUGUCUGUCCCCCGGGCUUGGCCUGUGACCCUGUCAGCGGCGAGUGUGGGAAGCAGUGUCCUGCUGGCUACCGAGGGAAGGAUUGUGACCAAGGGUGCCCAGCGGGGACAUUUGGUGUGAACUGCUCGGGCUCCUGCUCCUGUAGGGGGGCUCCCUGCAACAGGGUCACGGGGCAGUGCCUGUGCCCCCCUGGAAGGACUGGGGAUGACUGUGGGGCAGAUUGUCCCGAGGGCCGCUGGGGGCUCGGCUGCCAGGAGAUCUGCCCUGAGUGCCAGCACGGUGGUGCCUGUGAACCUGAGACCGGGGUCUGCCGGUGCCGCCCCGGCUACACGGGCAGCCGCUGCCAGGACGUGUGCCCAGCAGGCUGGUUUGGGCUGGGCUGCCACAUGAGGUGCUCCUGUGCCAACGAUGGGCUCUGCCACCCAGUGACUGGACGUUGCAGUUGUGCCCCUGGGUGGACCGGCCUCAGCUGCCAGAGAGCUUGUGACAGCGGGCAAUGGGGACCUGACUGCAGCCACACCUGCAACUGCAGCGCAGGCCAUGGGAGCUGUGAUGCCGGCAGCGGCCUGUGCCUGUGCGAGGCUGGCUACGUGGGCCCCCGGUGCGAGCAGCGGUGUCCCCAGGGCCACUUUGGGCUGGGCUGUGGGCGACAGUGCCAGUGUGAGCACGGGGCAGCCUGUGACCACGUCAGCGGGGCCUGCACCUGUCCGGCUGGCUGGAGGGGCACCUUCUGCGAGCUUGCCUGCCCGGCUGGCUUCUUUGGAUUGGACUGCCAUGGAGCCUGUGACUGUGCCGCCGGGACCCCCUGUGACGCCGUGAGCGGCACCUGCCUCUGCCCUGCCGGCCGCCGGGGACCCCGCUGUGCCCAGCCCUGCCCAGCCCUCACCUAUGGGCACAAUUGCAGCCAGGCCUGCUCCUGCUUCAAUGGGGCCUCCUGUGACCCAGUCCACGGCCAGUGCCGCUGUGGCCCUGGCUGGACCGGCCCCACCUGCCUGCAGGCCUGCCCCGAGGGUCUGUAUGGAGAAAACUGUCAGCAUUCCUGCCUCUGCCAGCAUGGGGGCUCCUGUGACCCUGUCUCAGGCCACUGCACCUGUCCAGAGGGCUGGACCGGCCUGGCCUGUGAGAAGGAGUGCCUCCCCGGCCACUUCGGAGCCGGCUGCCAGCACAGCUGCAGAUGUCUCAACGGUGGCCUCUGUGACCGGCACACGGGCCACUGCCUCUGUCUGACUGGCUGGACUGGGGACAAGUGCCAGAGCCCCUGUGCCGAGGGCACGUUUGGGGCUCACUGCAAGGAGCGCUGUGCCUGCCGGCGGGGAGCCACCUGCCACCAUGUCACCGGGGCCUGCCUCUGCCCCCCAGGAUGGAGGGGUUUACUCUGUAAUAAUGCCUGCCCCCAUGGCUGGUUUGGAGAGGCCUGCACACAGCGCUGCCAGUGCCCACCUGGUACUGCCUGCCACCACGUCACUGGGGAGUGUCGCUGUCCCCCAGGCUUUACUGGGCCUGGCUGUGAGCAGGCCUGCCCACCCGGCACCUUUGGGGACAGCUGUGGGCAGAAGUGCCAGUGUCUCAGCGGGAACCAGGCCUGCCACCCUGCCUCGGGGGCCUGUGUGUGUGCUCCUGGCUACCACGGCACUGGCUGCCGGCAACGGUGCCCCCCCGGGCGCUUUGGGCCUGGUUGUGAGCAGUUGUGUGGAUGUCUCAACGGGGGCUCCUGUGACGCGGCCGCGGGGAACUGCCACUGUCCCACUGGCUUCCUGGGGACAGACUGUAGCCUCACCUGUCCACAGGGCCGCUUCGGCCCCAGCUGUGCGCAUGUGUGCAGAUGUGGGCAGGGCGCAACGUGUGACCCUGUGACCGGCACCUGCGCCUGCCCCCCAGGGAGGACCGGCAGCCACUGUGAGCACGGCUGUCCCCAGAACCGGUUUGGCAUGAACUGUGAGCACGUGUGCUCCUGCAGAAACGGAGGCCUGUGCCAUGCUGCCACCGGCAGCUGCUCCUGUGGCCUGGGCUGGACAGGGCUGCACUGUGAGCUGGCCUGCCCUGCCGGGCGCUAUGGAGCUGCCUGCCUCCUGGAGUGCUCUUGCCACAAUAACGGCACCUGUGAGCCUGCCACGGGCGCCUGCCAUUGUGACCCUGGCUUCUAUGGCCAGGCCUGCGAGCACUCCUGUCCCCCUGGUUUCCAUGGGGCUGGCUGCCAGGGGGCGUGCAAGUGUCAGCAUGGAGCCCCUUGCCACCCCGUCAGCGGCCAGUGUCUCUGCCCUGCUGGCUUCCACGGCCAGUUCUGCGAGAGGGGGUGCGAGCCAGGCUCAUUCGGAGAGGGCUGCCGCCAGCGGUGUGACUGCCAGGGUGGCGCACCCUGUGACCCUGUCACUGGCCACUGCCUUUGCCCCCCAGGGCGCAUGGGGGCCACCUGUGACCUUGACUGCAGAGUGGGCUUUUUCGGGCCCGGCUGUGCCCUGCCCUGUGCCUGUGGGGGUGGGGCCAACUGCGACCCUGUCAGUGGGCAGUGCCACUGCGUGGAUGGCUACACAGGGCCCACGUGCCAGCAAGGUGGGCCUCCCCAGCUCUCCGAGAUCUCAUCCCCAGCCCUGGGCCCAGCGGCCUCACACACAGCCCCACACAGACCAGCACCCGGGCUACGCAGCAGGGCAGAGCGGCACUAGCUCAGAGGCAGCCCCUGCCGGGGCCCACCUCCUGGGUGCCGCCAAAGGGACUCAGGGACUUUGGUGACAACUAAGGAGAGACGCCCGUGGGCCAGGACUCUCGCCCAACCCUUGCCUCCAAGGGCUGUGGACAGCUGCGCAGCCUCUCACUGCAAGGAUCGUCUGGCCUUGAGGAGGGAGACCCCACUGGGCACAGCUGCACCGAGCUCAGACGAGUGGAUGGCUUGGGUCGUACAGCCACACUGGCCACCUGUGCUGAGGACGCCCGGCCCUUUGGGCCACUGGGUCGGGACUGAGGGCAGGUGUGGGUGCAGGUGCCGGCGUGGGGCCCUGCCCUCCGAACGGGUUCUUUGGUGCUAGGCCCUGGGACUACUGCAGCUCAGCCUGUUUACCUGGAAGUGUCGCCCAGCUGUAUUUAUGUGAUGGUAUUUAUGUGCAGCUGGACGUGCCCGCUGCAUCCCUGGGUGCUGGAAGACUGUCUGUGUCCUGCCCUGUCCCAGGAAGCCCUGACUCAGGACUGCGGGGCCCCGAGGGGCCUCCAGGCGGUGGGCUCUGGUACCUUGUGAAAUCCAGUAAGUUAAGAAAGGAGCGGCCCCUUCCUUGAGGCCUGUGUGUGCUGCUUUGUGUGGGUUCCACUGUGGUGGCCUCCUGGGUGCGCCAGCAGGAGUGUGCUUGGAUUACGGAGGCUCACAGACACCUGGCCCAUUCGGCCCCCUGCUCCUCCCUGGCGAUGGGGGUGCCAACAAGUAAAGCUGGGUUUGUCCUUGUUCCCAGGCUCCAGAGGGGUGAGCAGGGGCUGCCCAAGCAGAGGCAGACGGGCCUGCUAAAAAGGCUCACAGCUGAGGUGCCCAAGACCCAAAGCCUGCAGUGGGAAGCAUGGCCCCCAAGGGGAGGAGGCUGGCCCAAGGGCAGGGGUGUGUGGAGGCAGCAUGGGCUCCCAUCCACCUCUACUCCUACCCCUCCUAUCCUCAGGGCAGAAACAGUGGUGAGGGGUGGAGAGCUCACAGGGGUGGGGUGGCCAGUGGAGAGGUUGGACCCAGAUUGCAACACCAGAUGUUUAGGGUCUGAGCUAUAGCCCCCUCCCUUCCCCUCCAACACCAGCCCAGAUACCUCAAGGGCAAGGACCUGGGCAAAGUAAGGAGGGGUCUAGGAAGCCCUAUCCCUUUAAAAACAACUUGUGAACAACAGAUAGCAGAGGAAGCCGAAUUAAUGAGCUGCAUGUUAAGACUCAAAAGUAAAUACAAGGCUGGCCCAGUGACUCAGGCGGUUGGAGCGCUGUGUUCCUAAUGCCGAGGUCACCUGUUCGAUUCCCAUAAGGGCCAGGGAACUGCGCCCUCUACAGCCAAGAUUGUGAACAACAGCUGUCUCUGGAGCUGGGCGGCUGUGAGAAGCCGGAGGUUGGCGUGAGCUGCUGUGGACUACUGUGUGCUACCAUGAGUGGCCAGUGGCCAGUGUGAGUGGCCAGCAGCCAGCUGCUGUGUGCUGCCGUAGGCUACUGUGUGCCACCAUGAGUCGCUGGGAGCCAGCGUGAAUGGCCGGCAGCCAAUGUGAGUGGCCAGCAGCUGGCGAGAGCUGCCGUGAGCUGCUGUGAGCGGCUGACCGACGACUGGCCACUGAGUGCCUCA